AUGCCUUCCGAAUCAACACGCAUUGAGGAUGAAGCAGCCGGGCAAGUUGGCCUGAAGAGAAAACUGGAAGUAACUCGCGAGAAGAUAAAAAAGUUAAAACACGAGGAGGAGACGCUAUUGCAUCAGAUUGAGACGACUGCUGAAACUGACGAAAGGCAAAUCGGAUACCGUGAUGAGGAUUUCUGUGUGAUAGAGGAACCUAAUAUAUCGUCAAUUAAGGAAAUGAAAGACCUUUCUAUGGCUGUGACACAGCAAAGCCAAAAUGUCGCAAAACUGGCAAUACGAUAUGCAGGAUUAAAGGAGCUCCCGAAAUUUUCGGGAAACAUUGAUGAAUGGGCAAAUUUCUAUGCACAAUAUAUGAAAACAACUUCCGACGGGCAAUUCACUUCGUCAGAAAAUGUCACCCGAUUAGAAAAGUGUUUGUCUGGUGAAGCCAGAGAAUUGGUGGCUUCUCUACUGACAGUUUCUGGCGAAGCGGAGUCUAUUAUGGCGAUUUUGAAGGAGAGAUUCGGCCAUCCGAGGCAACAGCUUCAGAGAUUGAUUCAAAGAGCAAAACAGGCUGAGGCUCCAAAUGACAACAAACCUAUUUCUGUAGUCAAGUUUGCAGCCGAGAACAUGUGGGCGGAAGUGAUUCAUGAAAAUCCAGACUACUCGAUAAUGAAUCUGAUGGAGUUCCUGAAUAUGAGAGCAAAGUUGGCAUUGGCUAUUACACCUUUGGACGGAGAGGUGCCAUCAUCAACCUCAUGCCAGAAGCGCAUGGAAAGAAAGUGCCCCAAGUUUAGAGGUAAUGGAGUCUUAACAGCAUUAUCGAUCAGAACAGGAAGUUGCGCGGUAUGCCAUGACGGUCAUCAUGCAUCUGAAUGUCCCAAGCUUAAAGAGAUGUCCCUGGAGCAGAGACUUGCCAAGACCAAGGAAUUAAACUUGUGCAGAUCAUGCCUCGGGCGAAAUCACAAGAUGUUUCAGUGUCUCAAGAAACAUGAAUGUGGGAUUGAGAAGAAAGAAUCCACGAUGGAAACGACAGUAUAA